GGAAGCCGCAGAACGCCUGCUGUGUCCGUCUCCAUCUCGCCUUGAGCAAGUGUGAGAACUUUUCUUGCGUCGCAUCUUUCGGGUGUUCCUCGCUCCCUCUGUCUGCUGCCCAGCGACCAGACAGCAGCGCAACCGUUUGCUCGUUUUCCUCCCCUUUUCCCCUCCAGUUUCUCGUCUCCUUUCCGACGCCUGCAUGCUGCGUGUAACUCGCGUUUCCUCUUCUCUCUUCUCCUUCCCUCUGCCGUUUUUUUUCUUCUUCCGUCUCCCUGCCUCUGUUCACGAAACAGGGCACUGAGAGGCGCCUUUUUCUUUCAUUCGUCUUCACCUUCUUUGCCUGGGCAUCCUUUCUCUUCGGCAAGUUCGUUCUGUCUCGCUGCGGGAGGCGAGAAACCGACAGAGAGAUACACGACGUAUUCUUUUUACAUGUUUCGAGAGAGCGAGUUUUCUUUCUCCCCACGGCGCCUUCCACCUGAACUUUACGUGACCGCGCGAAUGCCUCUUCUUCUUCGCUCUCAGAGAGGGACGCCUGCAGAAAAUGAGAAUUCGCUGGAACUAGACAGACCUGCGUCUGUCGAAAAACACGCAUGAGUCUGUCAAUUCUUUACGUUCGCGUUUCCUGGUUUCCGUCUCCACAUCCGUCUUCUUUUUUCUCUCGUUCGUGCUUGCUUCCUGUUUGUUCUCUCUCUUUUCUUUUUCUUUUUUUCUUUUUUUUUCUUUUUUUCCCUUUUUUUCUUCCUUUUUUUUCUUUUUUCGGUCCACGAACAUGGGGACUGCGUGGUGCCCUCUCGAGGGUGCGGGCUGGGACUCCUCAGCCUCUUCUUUCAGACGAGGCCUGGGUCUGCGUCGACUCCUUUCUCUCUCGGUUUUCCUUCUUCUCCCCUUUCCUUUUAUCUUUCUUUCUCCCGCACACGCUGUGGUGCGCCUCCCGCCUUCGCCUGCGCCUCCUGUUUCCCCUUCCUUCACUUCUUCCCGGUUUUCAGGGAGACGGCUGCGCUCUCCCUCCGAGAUGGGGGCUGAAAGGCCGACAAGCCGGGUGCCUCCCGCGGCCAUCUUGUCUUCUUUCGAAAACCGAGAGAGAGAACAGAGAGCGAAGAGCACACUCAAAGCGGCUGCAGAGGCUGCGUCUUCGGCGAGAACGACGGGAUCGUCUUGUCCGACUUCUUGUUCUUCUCUUGCGUCGUCGCUCUCGUCCCCCAUCUUCACAGACCCUCCUCUGACAGACGUCCGAUCUAUCGCACCCCACUGUCCUUCCACGUCUUCUUCUCCAUCUUCUUCUCUGUCUUCUUCUCUGUCUUCUUCUCCAUCUUCUUCUCCGUCUUCUUCUCUGUCUUCUUCUCCAUCUUCUUCUCUGUCUUCUUCUCUGUCUUCUUCUCCGUCUUCUUCGCCUGAUGCUUCUCUCUCCUCGUCUUCGUUGUCUUCACUGGUUUCGUCUCUGCGAGGAGGACGUUCGUUUUUCUCGUCUUCUCCGCCUUCGCCCACGGCGCCUGUGGCGGGGAAUCUGUUUGUCGUGAAAGGGUCGCAUGCAAGAGAUCCUUCAGUGGUUUUCCUCUCGCCGCGCGACAUGGCGGCGCUGCAGGUACAACGAGGCGACGUCGUUCUUCUCUCUGGGCGGCGAAAGCGGGAGACUGUCGCCAUCGCGAUGCCCGACAGGAGCCUCGAGGCGCGUCACGUCGUCCUCCACGCGCAUGCACUGAAGAACAUCAAACUGCAUGCACAGGACGCCAUCAAAGUCACCCCACAGCGGCUGCUGCCUCAUGCCCGGCGAGUCUUCGUCUUGCCUUUCUCAGACACUCUCGGAGACGUCCGCGAUGGCGGCGCAGGGCGCUCGGAAGGCCGCGACCGAGACGCGUCCGGAGAGAAACCGAGCGUCGAAGCAGUGGCGACAAAGUUCUUUCGUCAUACGUCUCGCCCUGUGAAAGUCGGAGACCAGUUUGUGUUGGAGUUUCCAGUGCAUGCGAAGGGAGAGCACGGCGCGACAGGCAAGGUCGAGGUGAAAGUCAUGCAAAUCGACACAGACGGAAAAGACGACCAAGAAGUUGCACUCGUUGAUGACGCCACAGAACUCAUCUGCGAAGGCGAGCCUCUCGAUCGCGCGCAGUUCGACGCCUCCUCAAUGAUCACCUACGACGAUGUGGGCGGCCUCAAAAAGGAACUGAAUCUCAUCCGAGAACUCGUUGAGUUGCCGCUGAGAUUUCCAGAGAUCUUCAAGCAGGUGGGUGUACAGACACCGCGGGGCGUAUUGCUUCACGGUUCGAGCGGCUGUGGAAAGACCUUGCUGGCGAAGGCGAUCGCCAACGAAUGUGGCGCGAACUUCCUCACCGUCAACGGCCCGGAAGUGAUGUCCAAGUUGGCUGGGGAGAGCGAGGCGAAUUUGCGGCGGAUUUUCGAGGAGGCGGCGGCUUUGUCUCCGUGUCUCCUUUUCAUCGAUGAGAUCGAUUCGAUUGCGAGCAAGCGCGAGAAGACGCAGGGCGAAGUUGAGAAACGCAUUGUUGCCCAACUUCUCACACUGAUGGACGGCGUGAGCAGCGACAAAGGCAUCGUCGUGCUCGCCGCAACGAACCGCCCCAAUCAGCUGGACCCUGCGCUUCGGCGCUUCGGGCGCUUCGACCGCGAGAUUGAAAUUCCGAUUCCCGACGAGAAGGGGAGGACAGAGAUUCUGAAGAAGAAGGCAGAAAAGAUGAAUUUAGGUCCAGACGUCGACCUCGAAAAGAUCGCCAAGGACGCUCACGGAUUCGUCGGCGCAGACAUGGCGCAGCUCUGUCUGGAAGCCGCCAUGCAGUGCGUGCGAGAAAACUGCCAGUUCGUCGACUUCGACAAAGACGAAGUCGACCCCGAGACUCUAGCGAAGUUUCAGGUUCGCAUGCCUCACUUUGUCCACGCCCUGUCGGUCGUCAAUCCAAGUGCACUGCGAGAGAGACAUGUCGAAGUGCCAGACGUUCGCUGGGAAGACAUUGGUGGUCUAACAGAAGUGAAGGAAGAACUCGUUGAGACAGUUCAGUACCCUGUGGAGCACGGAGAGAAGUUCCAUAAGUUCGGACUGGCGCCGAGCAAGGGCGUCCUGUUCUUCGGGCCGCCGGGAUGCGGCAAGACGUUGCUCGCAAAGGCUGUUGCGAACGAGUGCAAAGCGAAUUUCAUCAGCGUCAAAGGUCCCGAACUGUUGACUAUGUGGUUCGGCGAGUCGGAAGCGAACGUCCGAGACCUCUUCGACAAAGCGCGAGCUGCGGCGCCGUGCGUGAUCUUCUUCGACGAAAUGGACUCGAUCGCGAAGGCGCGCGGCUCAGGCACCGGCGGCGGCGGCGAGGCAGCGGACAGAGUUAUCAACCAGAUUCUGACGGAGAUCGAUGGAAUUGGAAAACGCAAACCUAUCUUCGUCAUCGGAGCCACCAAUCGGCCUGACAUUCUGGAUCCGGCGGUGACGCGACCGGGCCGGCUGGAUCAACUGUUGUACAUUCCUCUUCCAGAUUUCAAGAGCCGUGUCAACAUUUUCAAAGCUGCGUUGCGGAAGUCGCCGCUCGCGCCCGACGUGGACAUUGAAGACAUGGCUCGGAGACUCGAAGGCUUUUCAGGCGCGGACAUCACGGAGAUCUGCCAGAGGGCGGCGAAGAACGCAGUGAGGGAGUCGAUCCAGGCAGAGGUCGCUCGAGGGCGGCCGCUGGCCGAAGGCGAGAAAGACCCUGUGCCGUUCAUCUCGAAGAAGCACUUUGACGAAGCGUUCAAAGGCGCCAGACGCUCGGUUCCAGAGGACAUGGUGAAAGUGUAUACUCAGUUCAACUCGAUGAUGAAGCGGAGGCGAGUUGCGCAGGAGACAACCGAGACGGCGAAGGAGACAACGGAGACAGCGAAGGAGACAACGGAGACAGCGAAGGAGACAACCGAGACGGCGAAGGAAACAAAGUGACAGGAGCCUGGACGGCAGACUGGACGACUGCCUGAUUGAAGGCCAGCGAGAGGGAACGACGAAAUGCGAACUUGCGAGCACGCUGUCGCUUUGCAGUUUGAUGGUUCUUGCCUUCCUGAGGAACAGAGGGAGAGGGGAAACUGGCCGGAGUGUGGGGUUUCCUUGUAUCGCGCCGACUUUGUUUUCUCUCUCGACCUUUUGCGUCCGCGAGGCGAGACGAGCAGGGCUGUGCGUGAAUCGCUUUGCUUUUCCUCAGGAGCUGGUCGUCUCUUGUUUCGCGUUCGUCAAGAAAAUACAGAGUUCUCAGGUUCGUUUAUAUUUGAGGUCGUGGACUCAUGCACAUCUCAUUUUUGAAAGUCGGGUGUGCGUUGCGACCGCGUUCGCUGUCGCUUGCCUCCUGAGAGUGAGACUGUCCUUUCUUUUUUGAGUUCGUCCAAAGAAGCGAAAGCGUCGGCAAGACCGCCCGAUGGCUUUCGCCUUUCGGACACAGAGACACCCCCCCUGGUUCCCGGAAGAAGUGGAGACGCGUAUGUGCGUGAGUGCAACUGUUCUUCGUUUUCCUUUGGUGCAACUGUUCUCUAACUCGGCUUCUUUUGUUGCUGUGUUAACAAGUCAGUCUCUUUUAUCCGUCUUCGCCUCUCGUUCUGAAUGUCUCUCCUGUGUCGA